CGCGGGCCAAUCACGCGCACACAAACAGACACAGAUAUGGCUGACGAUGCAGACGCUGCUCAUGGUGGGGGUCAACACCACAAGGAGGACAGUGGACCUCUACCACAUCCACCUCCAGUGGCACUGCCGCUGGCAGCCGGGAAGAAGAGGAAAGACAGCAGCAGCAAAGGUGGCGAGCGUGGCUAUGUCGGCACGAUGGGUGGAGACAAGGAGGUGACGCUGGGGCGGCUGGGGGUGUUCCUGGCGUCGCUGGCAGCCAACAGCCUUGUGUUUGAUGCGACGGAGCAGCUGGUCAACGCAGGGAUAGCGCGAGGCGCGGAGGUGAAGCGGACGCUGGCGGCAAUGGGCUUGGCCAUGUUCAUCGUGCGGUGGUUCUGCGCCAUCUUCGCCUCAUUCGAGCCGAUUGGCCUGGUCCUCGUCGACUCCAUCCAAGCGCGGCGCGUGGUGAUGCGCAUCCUGGGGCAGGCAGUGGCGUUCAUCGCUCUCUUCAUGGUCCUGCUGGCCUGGAGCCCCUUUGGCACCUUCAUCAUCGACACCGUGCACCGCGCCUCGCCAGAGCUCAGCCACAGCACGAAGCUGUUCCUGCUUGGCCUGAUUGCUUGGCCAUUUCUCGACGGCUUGCACCGCCUGCAUCGCGGUAUCCUCCUCAAGCACGGCCGCCACAUUGCGCUGGUGUGGGCGGCGUCGCUGGCAAACGCCAUCGUCCAGGUCGUCAUUGUGGGACUGUGUCUUGGACCGCUGCGCCCGCAAGACCCACACAUCUUGCCUCUCACCGCGGCAUACGGCGGCAUCGCAGCGGAGGUCAGCGUGAAUGUGAAUGUGUGUGUUGCACCCGAGUUUGCCCAAGCGACAACAGUACCGCUGUGUAUCUAUUCCUUCAUUGGCAUUGCUGUUGCGUUCCGCGCGUACUGCACCAGCUGGGCGACCGCCAUCAAGCAGACGUCUUCUCUCACGUCGUCUGCGUUUGUUCGCUUCGGUGCCGUUGUCAUUGCGGGCACACUCCUGCCGCUGUUCGGGCUGCACGGGGCUGUGAUGGGGAUUGGAGCGUUGCUUGCAGGCUUCAGCACAGAGGCGAUGACGGUGGUGUGGACCACCAGGAACCUGCGACUCACACUCCUGCGCCGCAGCAAGGCACACGCCCCGCUCGACGCGCCGUAAUCACACCACCAUCACAAUUCACACUCGCACCUCUUGACAAAACGCACGCUUCCAAGCUAGAUCGUACAAUCACACACGCGCACGCGCGCGCGCUCUCUUUUCUCUCUCUCUCUCAAACACACACUGAGCCCUUGUAACCGAAUGAUGAUAAAUGCAAUCGAUAUCGUUUAGUGUUAUCUGAUCCAUUAAAGCACCUCACGCACACA